AUGAUGUCUGAACAGUACUCACACGCGGACAACUAUACAGUCGAUGACAAUCACUCAGUAGAAGAGGCUGUGUUCAGAUUUGUCGGUGAACAACCAAAUCCUGAUGAAAAGAGGAUAAAGAAGGAACAAAGGAGGAAACAUAAAAAACAUAAGCAUAAGAAUAAAAGUAAGAGGGAAGAUGACAAUGCAGCUGACGUUGAUAAUAAUAUACAUAUCCAAGAAAAUGAUGAAGAAUCCUUGUUAUUGAACUUAAAUGAUAUCGAUCAACAUAUGGAGGUGAAAAGUGACCCUCAGACACAUGCAAUAGAAGCAAUUGCAGCUGCCUAUGACGCCGAAAAGAAAAGAAAAAGACACAUGAAAGAGAUUGAUACAGGAAAUGGAGCUGAGUUGAAUAAUGAAGUUGAGAGGAAAAGAUCGAAAAGAUCGAAAAGAAGGUCAAAGGAUAAGAAAGCAAAACAUAAUGAAAUUGCUGUUGAUCCAGAAUUGGAAAGUCUUGGGCAACUAAAUCAAAGCGCUGCUGAUAUUGAUGCAUAUAUCAACACCGAGUCAACGGAAGAAUCAAAAGUAACUGAUCGUACCGGAGUUGAAACGAACGAAGGAAAGACUGAAGAUAAAGGAUAUGAAUUUUCUACAGGAGUUGGAUCGGCUAUUGGAAAACAGGAAAACGGACCUGAAAGCAUUGAUGCAUCAACAGAAAAAGAAUCAGGAGUUGAUCAUGUUGAAAUACCUUUAACGCGAGAAGAAAAAAGAGCAAUAGCCGCUCAAGAACGUAUUCUUCGAGAACAUGAUAAUAAAUUGAUUGCCUCUGCGGCAGCAGCAGCGUCUAAGAAUGUUCCUUCAAACACUUCAGGUGGUAAAGUUUUCGAUCCAAAUGAGGAACAUGCUUUAGACGAAUUUAUCGAACAAUAUAGACGAAUUAAGGGGUUUACCAUGCGACAAACUAAAGAAAGAAUAUGGACACCAGGGCGUAAAAAGGAUGAUUUUUGGAUUAAUAUUUGUAAAGUUUUACCCUUCAGAUCAAGAUCUUCCAUUUAUAAACAUGUCAGAAGAAGAUAUCACAUCUUUGAACAGCGUGGUAAAUGGACACCAGAAGAAGAUCAAGAGUUAGCAAGAUUAUGUAUACAAAAAGAAGGUCUAUGGUCUGAUAUAGGGAAAGCAUUAGGAAGAAUGCCGGAAGAUUGCAGAGACCGUUGGAGAAACUAUAUUAAAUGUGGAUCUAAUAGAGUGGCCAAUAAAUGGUCCAAAGAAGAAGAAGAAUUAUUAAAAAGUGUCAUAGCGCAGAUCAUACAGGAAGCUCAUAAUUACCGGAUAUUACGUGAAAAGGCUGCUGAAGAAGGUGUUGCCGAUGAAAGUUUAUCUGAGGUAUCUCCAGAAGCUCGAGGUCCUAAGGGUAAGAAAAUACACGGUAGACCUGGAUUCAAAGAUAUAAUCAAUUGGACUGUUGUCAGUGAAAGGAUGGGUGGUACAAGGUCCCGUAUUCAAUGUCGCUAUAAAUGGUCAAAAUUAGCCAGAAAACAAGCAAUGUCAAAGAUUGUAAAUAUGACACAAUCAGAUAAAUUAUGGCUCUUAGAAAGAUUAAGAGAUUUAGGAUUCACGGCAGAUUCUCAAGUAGAUUGGGAUGAGCUAUCUAUUACUAAAUCCGGUACUAAGUGGUCCGCAUUGGAACUUAAAUUAUGCUAUGAGAAAAUGAGAGGUGUUGUAAAGGAUUUCAAACAUAAGAAGAUGAAUGACAUCGUACUUGAAUUGUUAGACAUUUUGCAUAACCAGGUGCAAUAG